AUGGGCAUUUCGCCCUCGGACGAACGCAUCCAUCUCGCGUUCAAUAUGCAUGAGAGCGCGUUGACGUAUAUUGUGAGCAAUAGCGGGUUGACGAGUGUGGCGGGCACGUGUCAGAGGUCAUUAUCCUACCUGCACUUUAUCACCACGCCCCACUACGGCCUGCAGAUGUUUUACCGCACGGGCAAAGCCGGCAACGGCGCCGCCAACAUCGCGACCUACAACGGUGCUGGGUAA